GUCACGGCGCACCGGCGAGGCGGGGAGAGGAGCACCCCAGGAGACCGAUGACGCCCGGAGAGGAACAGGGACAGCGCGGCAGGGAGCGAGCAUCGCUGGAAGGCAGCGAGAGCCACUCGGUGGGCAGCGGGGAGCCCCACAAGGAAGCAAGGACCUCCCGGCGGAGAGCGAGGAGCCCCGGCGAUGAGCAGGGACCCUUCGCCGGGGCUUCCUUGUCUGCCACGGCAGGGCAGACGCAGGUACCAGUGACCUUCGAGGACGUCGCUGUCUACCUGAGCCGUGCCGAGUGGGAGGCCAUCACCGAGGAGCAGCAGGAGCUCUACCGCAGCGUCAUGCUGGACAUCUACGAGCUCCUGACCUCCCUGGGCAUCCAAGCAGAGCCCAUGGUGAGAAUCAAAGAUGAGAUGUUUGGUGGGCACCACUGGAGCUCCCAGCACAAGGAUGUGUCCCAGCAGCCCACUGCCUGUGAGUAGGGCUGAGGGGACCAGCUCCUUUGCAGGCUGCUGGUGCAGGA